UAGGGACGUUCUCGUACAGUCCACGCUUCAGGAGAGAGAUCAUGGCGACAGUGUCGCACAAGCUUGUCUGAACGGAUUCGGCGUGUAUUUGAAGUCUCUUUCAUCAGCUGAAGUGGUUUGUGUUGAGAUAAUGAGCGGCGGUACUCCUUACAUCGGCAGUAAGAUCAGUCUGAUCUCGAAAGCUCAGAUUCGCUAUGAGGGUAUAUUAUACACCAUUGACACGGAUAACUCCACCGUGGCUCUGGCGAAAGUGAGGUCCUUUGGGACGGAGGGGCGUCCGACAGACCGGCCCGUGCCACCGAGGGACGAGGUCUUCGAGUACAUCAUCUUCAGAGGAAGUGACAUCAAAGACAUCACGGUCUGCGAGCCUCUGAAGAUUCACCACGGUCUUCCUCAGGACCCUGCUAUCGUUCAGUCGUCUGUGGGGUCGGUCCACUACCCCUCGUCUCAGGGCGGCUACAGCCCUUACCGGAGCGUGCUGCCCUCCUACAGCCAGCUGGCCGCCAGCUCUCUUCUCAGCCAGCAGUACGCUGCCGCCCUGGGCCUCGGCUCCGGUUUGCCUGGCGUUUCUGCAAGGAGAGGGCCGAUGGUAGAGCAGGCGGUUCAGACGGUCCCUGCGGAGAAGGCGGCGCAGAAGAAGGGUUUGUUUGGAGCGCAGCAGCAGGGAGGAGAGACGGCACGAGCGCAGAGGGCCCGACCCCCGGCCCAGAGAGCUGCACAGCAAGGAGCCAUGAAAGGACAGAGUCCAGCCAACGAUGAGAACAAACCCCCAAGCAGCAGGAGAAAACAGGGAGCUCGGCGGUCCAGGAACCGCGGCCGGGGUCAGAUCCUCGUAGGCAACGCCAAGCCCAGCACCCUGCAGUUUGAGUCUGACUUCGACUUCGAGAUGGCCAACGCUCAGUUUAACAAAGAGGACCUGGAGAAAGAGAUCGAAGACAAGCUCAGCGUUCAAGAACCAAAGGAGAGCCUCGAGGAAAGGAGCGAUAAGGAGCAGGAGAAUCCUGUCCCUGAGAGCGAGAGUGCUGUUGAAGAGGAUCCGCUGGGGCCCAAGUGCUUCUACAAUAAAGCCAAGUGCUUCUUCGACAACAUCUCCUCAGAACUCAAGUCGAGACGUACCACAUGGGCUGAGGAGAGGAAGCUGAAUGUGGAGACCUUUGGGGUCCCUGGGAGGUUUCUGAGGGGCCGUGGGUUUCGAGGUAAUUUCAGAGGGAGACGGGGCCGAGGGGCAGCGCAGCACCCUGUCCCGCAGAGAGUAGGGAGCGGACGGCUGUGAGGCCCGAUUCAGCCUUUCUCUGGGAUGUGGACGAGUCUCGUCUGUGAGCUUGGUUUCUAGUGUCUGAGGUUCUUCAGUGGUAAAUAUCACUAGACUGUUCUCGUCCUCUUGUGAAAAAUGGCUACGUUAUGUUAAACUGCCUCUUUUCUUUUUGUUUAAUGUAAAGAAUCUCGCAGCUUUAAUGUGAAAUGCACCUUAAUCGAUCACUGAUUUUUUGCAUCUGAACUAGAAUAGCACUUUUAUUUGCAUGUACAGCUAAUUUAAUGGCUAUACAGGAAUAUACAUUGAGAUGGAGUAGAUGAACUUCAGCCUAUGCUAUGGGGUCCCCAAUUAUUUAUUUUAUUAUUAUUUUUUUCAUUUUAUUUUUUGCGUGUGUGUAAAAUUGUAAGGGGAUAUUGUACUUGAUUGUCAUUGUUAAUAAACAUAGGAAAUGAAUCUUGA